AUGCACCAGAAAGAAAUGAACAGAGAUCCAUCCCAAGAAGACACACCGGCUCAGGUGCAUGUCUCCGAGCCCUUCUUUCGAUCCACACUGAAAGACAAUAGUACCGGUUAUUCCUCCUCUGACCCCGCCGUCUCAUCUAAUCUAUUACGACUUUACUCUUUAUAUUCUAUACUUCGAGUGGCUGUUUCUUACACAGUAGCCGAUGUUAUUCGCCGUCCACGUAACUUCUGUAUUGGUGUAUUUGCUGUUAUUCUUCUUGUCUUCUUCUCUGGUGCUCUUUUGAUGGGUAUUGAAAAAGCCCCAUAUAUUUUUCUACGACUCGCCGAGUUAACUGUUGGAGAAGCUGAUAUUAUGAUUAUGGGCGGUGGAAACAGGAUUAGUGGAUUAGUUAACUAUACUUCUGUUGAGUCCCGUUUAAUGGCAACAAGAGAAAUUCGUGGUGUGGCCCCACGAUGGGUUACUCCCGCAACAGCACAUUAUCAUGAAGAUGUAUUUCAUAAACGAUAUUCUACAGCUAGAAGUAGAAGAAUAACUCCAGCAGAGGCUUCUGUGAAUCUUCUUAUUAUUGACAGUGAACAGGAACGGCAUAUUGGAUUAGGACGUGGUUGGAAACAUCGUGAUACUGGCUAUGCUGAGGCGCAUGUAUAUAAGGGUGUUUUGGACUACUUGAAGUUACAAUCUAAUCAUGGAGAACGCAUUAAUAUUCGACUUCCUCUUCAAGAAUUUCUUCGAUCUAUUUUAAAAAAUACCACGUUUGUAGUAGACUUAGAGAAGCUAAAAGAAGGUAACAAUACGUAUACCGACACUAUUCUUAAAUUUUUGGCUUUGAAUAACAUUAAAGAUGGUGACACUAUAGAUUUGACGAAGAUGUUAAAUAUGAAUCUGGCUAUGAAUGUUGUGGAUGAAAUCACAUCGGCAGAUGGAAAAUAUCCUUCUCUCUAUGGAAAUAUUGUGGUGAUAGAUUACAAAAAACUAAUCUCCAUCUUUGUGGAUCAGUCUUGCCUGUUAGGUCCAACAUCUCUUACUCCUGGAGAGGGAUUUCUAUUACCUUCUAUAAUAGAUGUAUUAGCUGCUAGUAAAAUCUUGAGUGAGAUUGAUCUUAUAAACGCCGUACCUAUUCUCGCUAUUGUGUUGAAGGAUCGGCGUAGUAUGUACUAUAAAGGAAAAGAGGAAAGAGCUAAAGCGAUGGUGAUGCGAACAAAUGCCAUUAUUCGUAAUUCCAUGGGAGUAGAUUUUGAAGGUUUUGUAGAAUAUCCUAUUAUGCGUGUUAUGGGAGACUUUGAUGGAAAUCAAGCAGUACUUACUUCUUCUCUUACGACUAUUGUAUUUGGUGUUAUUAUAUUAUGUAUGAUACUUUUCUUUAUGCUACUUCGAACAAAUGCGGAUGAACGUCAAUUUGAAUUUGCCUUAAUGCGAGCCCAAGGAAUGGGAAAGAGUCAAGUAAUGGCUGUUAUUUUAUCUCAGACCGUAGCCUUUGUAAUUCCUGGUAUUAUAGUGGGCGUGAUUCUUCUUAUUCUACUGAAUAUUGGAUUAGAAGCUGUACUUGCCAAUUUCACAGCUGCAGAUCCACGCUAUGAUAUGAUAAUCGUUAUGCCGGUAUUAAUAGCGAUUGGAUUAGGAAUAACUUUACCACUAUCCGCCAGUUGGGGUGCAGUUUCCCAUGCACUUGGUAGUAGUUUACGGGAUGCUUUAGAUGUAUUUCGUCGUGGUCAAAGUGAGACGAAAGUUGUAAUGAUACGAUUGGAAGAAUUAGGUGUAGCGACGUGGCAAAUAAUUCUUGGUAUAUUUCUCGUUGCUUCUGGAUUUAUUGUGUAUUAUAUGAUUCCAUUUGCUUUUAUAUUUGAACAUUUAACAUUGUUCUUUUUCCUUAUGAACUCUAUCUUAAUUGUGAUGGUGGUUGGAAUAUGUUUUAUUAUGUAUGUAGUUGAACCGUAUGCGGAGUCUGCUGUUCUUUGGCUUAUGAUGUGGGGUCGUGAAAAACAAUUUAUGAUUAUUGUAAAAAAGAAUUUAUAUGAUCAUCGUAUACGAAAUUCCAAAACCUUUAUGAUGAUAUUGAUAAGUGUGGCAAGUAUUGUUUCUGGAAGUGUGAUGUUCUCUAUGCUUUCCGUUACAUCUUCACAACUCCUUCAACUUUACAAUGGAGCCGAUAUUUCUGCCACUUCUAAUGAUUUUUAUAUGCCAUUAAAUGAAAAACUAUUAACGGCAUUAUUGGAGAAAUGGCAAGGGGAAUAUGUACAAGAGUGGGCCUAUCACAGUUUCCCAUUAGAUGCCUAUCCACACAUAGGAUAUCCUACAAAAUUGGAAACCACUAUUCGUAAAGGAAAUGCCAUGCCUAUUAUCGCCGUAUCUAAGAAUUUAUUAAAUACAGUUUUUAAAGAUUAUAUAUUGGAAGAAGCCCGUGAUAAACGAUAUCCCUUUACAAAAACUGUGGAUGGGAAAUAUGAUGUUGUUGCCAGUAUGUAUGAUCACCCACCACAGCCUUCACACACUGCUGGUCAAACCAUCGCUACUGGAUUAACCGAUUGGAUGCAAACGCCAAAUAUAUCGCAAAAGGCUUCAUAUGUAAUUCCCGCUAUUGUGGCUGCUGGAUUACAAAAUGGUGUUGGUGUGAGUGUUGGUGAUGGAAUGGUGUUGGAAUAUAAAUAUAAAGUAGCAGAUGACUCUGUGGAAACUAGAUUCUAUGUAAGUUUACGAGCAUUAAUGAAUCGAGUUUCAGGAUUUCCAAGUAUUUCCUCAGUACCUUUCUUAUCUCGUAGUAGUUCUGUUCUCAUCCCACAGUCUUUCUUUAUCACGCUUCUCAAUCCUGUUAUGAUGGACUUUGGAAAAGAGGCAAAUGUAAAACUCCCACCAACAGCAGUAACGGAAUUACGACAACAGACACUCUUUAUACGUCUUUAUAAAAAUAUUACAGCAGCACAACGUUCAGCAUUUGUAAAUGAAUUGAUAUCCAAUAUGGAUUUAACCCAUCACACCGUCUUUGAUACACAAGAGUCCAUAGAUGAAUUAAAUGUGAUUGGCAAUUUCAUCAUGUACUUUUUCUAUUUUACAGCUAUUGUCUGUAUUUCUCUCUGUACACUUAUGAUGUGUAUUACUUUUGUGGCGAAUGUACAGAUGAAUGUACAGGUGGUGGGUGUAUUAAGAGCAUUAGGUUGUUCCCAUCAACAUGUAUUUCGUAUUAUUCUCUAUGAAGCCUUCAGUAUUGUUCUUUCCGCCUUUUUUAUUGGACUUUUGGCGGGAAGUUUUGUGGGUGUAACACUUGGCUUACAGCUGGCAACAGUGAUGGUAUUGCCUUUUCAAUUUACGAUGCCGUAUGUAUUGAUUGGGCUUUUGUUUGUGCUCGCUCUUCUCGCGGCUGUGUUUGGCUCACUAGUGCCUUUCAGGGCUGUUAAUAAGAGCAGCAUCGGUGUUCUGAUGAAGAGGACGUAA